CAAUAUAUAUUAUUAUGUACCUACAUAAUAUACGGUGAAAAAUGUUUUUAUAAGAAAGUAUAUAUUCCAAAAAAUGUAAUUUGAUAUAUUAAUCUGGAACAUUAUAUAUUUCCGUGCCGCUAUUAUAAUUCUUGAGUAUUUGAUUUGAUAACUAACUAGCAGUCUAGCACAACAGCCAGUUCUUGAUUAAUUGAUUUCUUCAAUUUACAAUGCAUAAUUCGCAAACUGCUUUCAGGUUUCUUGCAAUCUAUCAUGACAUCAACGCCAUUAACCUACUUCGUCAAUUCAAUUUUCAAGUUACCGCAUGCUCUGGGAUUCAAGUUGCUAUCAAACUCAUGCGAGAAAACGUGUUUCCUUUUGAUGGGAUUGCGAUUGAUAUCCACUUACUAGAACAGAAUCAAUAUCAAUUUAUUCAAUUUCUUAAAACCCAUACUAAUUAUCUUCCUCUUUAUGUGACGUAUGAUGGUGAUUAUGAUGAAGCACUUAGAAGAAAUUUGGAGAAAGUUGAGAAAUACUUGCAGGGUCUUAAUUAUAGGUUUAGAGCAUUAACUACGAUGCCAACAGAUUUUUUUCAACUCAAGGAUGUUCCCAUUAUUCUUCAGAGACACAUUCGUGCUCCCCAAACUCAUUUUCAAGUUCCUGAUGAAACAUCUUUUCUUGUUCCAAGUUGCCCACCAUUCAAUGUUUUUACACAUUUGCAGAGUAAAGGUCCUGCUCCCGAAACUCAUGUUUGUUAUCCGUGUUGGACAUUGCAGAAUGCUUUCGCCUAUUUGCAGGGAGAAAGACCUGAUCUUCAAACUCAAUUUCAUGUUCCCUCUGAAACUCAUGUCCAUGUUCCGAGUUUGACACUAGUCUCACUACCGAAUCCUAAAUACGAUGAUGCUGAUGUUUCAACUGAACUUAAACUUGGAUUACCUGAAACUAACUCUAAUAUUCUUAUUAUGAAAGGGAGACCUGAUUCUCAAACUCAAUUUCAUGUUUCCUCUAAAACUGGUGUGUGUGAUCUGAAUUUGGCACCAGUCUCACUAUCAAAUAUUGAAUACAAUGAUGAUGUUUCAGUUGAACUUAAACUUGGAUUACCUGAAAAUAAUUCUAAUAUUUUAAAAAGACUUCAAUUAUAAUGACAAUAAGAGAAGGAGGACUCAAUGAUAAAUAGUGCAGAAAAUGAGAAAAAGGAUCAUGUCUCACAAGAAUAUAUAGAGUGUAUGGAAAUUUGGCGAGAUAUCAUUUCCUCAAUGCCGAUACGAUUUUUUCUUCAAAAUUUUGACAUAAUGUUAUUUUUAUGUAGACAAAUUUUCUCGAUGUAUGAAUGUAUCAUUACUCUUUAGUAUUACAUUCACAUUUUUACAUUACAUUCUAAAACUUAAAUGUAAUUGUGAGUAUUUAUCCAAAGUAGUUUGAUUCA